AUGGACAGAAUUCCAAGAAUAGUCCUAAGCAUUUAUAACACGAUAAUUCCAUAUGUUCUAGACACUUAUAGGUUUAUUUCUCUCUCUCUCUCUCUCUCUCUCUCUCUCUCUCUCUCUCUCUCUCUCUCUCUCUCUCUCUCUCUCUCUCUCUCUCUCUCUCUCGCUGCCAUGAUGGCGGAGGAUGAGGCCGACGCUCGGGCCGUCGAGGCGUCGACCGUGCCUGCUGGUGCCUCCAUUCGCAUUGAUGUCAAGCAUGAAAAACAGAUUUAUGAAUUAGUUCUUCCCGUCGAGGCCACUUGGGGUGAUUUCCAAAUAGAGCUGGCCCGGGUCUCGGGGGUUAGCGUGGAUGAGCAAAAGUUGGCUGGCCGUACCCUGUUGGGGCAGGCUGCACCCCCUAGUCCGGCUACUCCACUUCGUGAGAUGGGAUAUGAACCAGAAUCGCGCCCCGUCAAGCUCCUGCUGAUUGCCACCUCACGUUCCACUGUUCAAGAGCUCCAGGAGAUGGAGUGCCGUGAACAGCGGCGCUCGGAGCAGCGUGAGCAAACGGCCCGGCUUAUGGCAAUGUCUGCUCAGCGCGACGCUGCCCAGCGUCAAGCCUCACCGUAUCGGUUUCAGAGUUUUGCCGUCUUGGAAGAAUUUCGCCAUCAUCCACGCGGCACAGCCAAGCAGGCCCUGGAGCUACUGCAUAGAAUUGCCCAAGACUCAGGCAUUGUACAUAUUCUUGAGACUCACCGAUGGACCAUUGGCCUACUCAAAGAAUUCAAACCGGGCCUGGACACGGGCUUGGUCGGUGUGACCAACGGCUGUUUGCUGGGCUACAAUCAGAACAAGGGCCAAGUCAUCGCCCUGCGGCUCCGCACCGACGAUUUUGAAGGCUUUCGUCAUUACCACGUUAUCAUCGAAACCGUGCUUCAUGAACUCGCACACAUGGAGUAUCAGGCACAUCUGGCGGCUCUGCAAUCCGGGCACACCGUGGCCGGGCGACCGGGCGCGGCCCAUGACUGGAUGCGUUUAACCACUGAGGAUCAGAGCUCACCUCUUACAACUGGCGGCCGCUUGGGUGGUCGAACGGCCGAUGAUGCCCGCUCAGCGCGCUUGGCCCGCUUGGCUCCGUCAGCACCAAACACACAGCCAGCCGGCUCCCUGGUGCUGCCGACGGCUCGGUCUGACCCGAGUGCCCACCCUCUCCGCGAGACGCGCAUGUCGGUAGACGAAAUAGAGGGCAUUCUGAACCAAGCACUGCGCGAGAGUGGCGCCACUGACGAGCACGGCCAGCCCCCGACGGCUGGCUCAGCUGCCGCACGGGCCUUCACCAAUGCUGCACUAGCCGAGGCAGCUGCCACCGAUGACAACGCGCCGUUUGACUACCGUCCACGUCGCAGCAUCCGCGUGGGUCCUGCCUAUCAGGCGGUUCUGCCGUCAUUCGAGCCCGCCACGGUGCCUGCCGCAAAGCCAAUCUCGGCGAGAGAAUCCGAGGAUGGCGCCCAGCUUGAAUCGCCGUCGAGUCGCCGCGAUGGCGAUGUGCGACCAGCAUCCGAGCCUCAUGCAGAUCCUACUGUCACCCCUGUUCCGACAGAGCAGGAUGUGGUUGCAGCUCGUUUGAGUGAAUGCCUUUCGGGCCUUGAUCAAAGUGCGACAGCCGAUGCUCUUCGGCUGCUCGACCGAAUCGUGAACAAUUUGCUGGCCCACCCCACUGAGUUCAAGUACCAGCGCAUCAACUUGGGUGGACAACGAGUGCAGGCGGUUUUGCCAAACCGCCGCGCAUCACUCGAAGCCUUCCUGGCCGUAGCCGGCUUUGCACGGGACUCAGCUGAUGAUGGACAUAUGCACUUGGCCGCUAACAACUUGGAGCCCGUGGUGGCGGCGUCCCGCGUCAUUGCCCGUUUUCGCCAUACUCUCGAUGCCGAGCAUCAAGCCUGA